AUGAUUAAAUAUGGAAAGAUGAUAGGAGAAACAACUAUACCAAUAGAACAAACCAAAGGAGAUUUUCUAAUCCAAAUAAUAAAUAAGGAACAAAUUAGAAAAAAGUUAUCAAAACUACAACAGGAAGAACGAAAUAGAAUAGCUUAUAUUCAUAUUAGUACGAUACAAAUUAUUUUUAAAUCAAUAAUGAAAACAAGAAUAAGUGCGCCAAUAGAACUAGAAAUAAGAGAUGACAGACUCAUUAACAAUGAAGAAAGCAUAAUAGCAAAAGGACAAGGAAAUUUAGGAGUAGGAAUAAUUAAAUUUGAUAUUAAUUUACAACAAGGUUUAAGUCUAACAGACGGAAAUCUUGAUUCCUCAAUAAUUAUAAAAUAUGAACUUAAAAGAGACAAUUUUAUGAGAGAAAAUAGUAAACCAUUUUCAGUAACAUAUCAAAUAAACUACGCUUUGACCAAUAGUCAUCAUAGUUUAACAUUCAAGGAUAAAGAAGUAAUUACCAUAGAAGAUUUAUUUAAACAUGACAUUUAA